AAUCUGUUGGUUCCCAGAGACAUGUUGUAAACCCAGAACCAGUUGAGAAUAGGGAAGAAGUUCCACAUGUUCCUGUACAACUUGAUGUUCGUGUACUCCAUCCAGCUAGACAAAAUGGAGCUAAAUGGUUCAAAAACAACACUGAAGUAUCAACUUGUGUUCGAAAGAUCAUUGAAGGUUGUUUCAGAGGACCAUGGUAUAGCUGGAAAAAAGUGCCACCGUUUUAUAAAGAGGCAUGGUUUUCAACUUUUCAGACUAAAUUUGAGUGGGAUGCCUCAAUUGGAAAUCUUGUUAAACAAAACUUUGAUCAGCUAGCUGCUACCCGUCUCAAAGGAAUGGUUAGUCUUGCAAAGUCAAAUGGAGAAAAACCUGAUUGGAUUUUGUCUGAUUAAUGGAGUGUAAUGUCUGAGUAUUGGAGAACAUCAAAGGCCAAAGAUAAAAGUGAGAAAGCUCGUGCUUCUCGUCUAUCUAGACGUGAUGGUUUAGGUGUACAUCGACACAGAGCAGGCUCACGUUCUUAUGCCAAAGUUCAGGAUGUUUUGGAGGCAAACAAUGAAGACUCUUCUUUCAUUGCUGUGCUGAAAAAAACACACCAGAAAUCUGAUGGAACUUAUGUUGAUGAAAGAGCUCGGCUAAUUGCUGAGAAAUUUGAUGAAUGUGUUCAAGAACGCUUGUCUGAAAUGGAUAACUCUAAUGGAGAGGAUUUGACGAUAGCCAAUCUCACCCUUGAAGAGAAAAAUGAAAUCUAUUCUAAGAUUGUUGGAACAUCGAAACAAGGCCGUGUAUUUGGUUUUGGGUCCCUCCAAAGAGGUGUUGUAAUGCCUUUAGAGUCUGCGACGGGUUCUCCCCUUGGUAAUGCAGAAGUGGGAACAACUCAUCGAGUGGAAGAGCUUGAAGCUGAAUUGCAAAAGACUCGUGAUGAGUAUGAAGUCCUCAAGAAACGAAUUGAAGCUGUGGAGGCUUUCUGCUUCAACACCAACUAGUUUGGCUUAUGGUGCUAUUUCUGGUUUUGGUUUUCGUUGUUAUUUUAUUGGUUUUUAGUUGCUUUAUUUACUGCACUUCUAGGAUUUUUUUCCACUUAAAUUUCUGUUUAAGUUUAAACUAUAUUUAUGAAUUUUUGAUGUUAUGGAAUUUUUAUUUUCAAUAAUUUGUCUUUUCAUAUUUUGUUUUUGUAAAAUAAAUAGCAAAAGCACGUUGUAAUA